AUGGAGUACAAUGAAGGCGAGCUAAUAUACUGUCCAAUAACAGGACUGGGCAGCCAUAUCCUCAACCAUGAAGCAUUACAUUGGAGAAAGAAAGGAGCCUUCAUUUUUGAGAAGAAGCAUGGAAAGAGAAAGCGACCCAGGAUUGACAGUAACGAAAGCACCCCUGAAACCCAUAGAGAAGGUUCACAGGCACCAAACGAGACCGUUGAUCCCACCCUUCUUGACAUCACUGAACAACCAUCAGCCCUUUCCCAACCAGAAACACCGCUCAAGUUCCUCAACCUCACUGUUGGUGGACCCACCACUCAAAAUGUUACUGUCCUAAAGCCAUUCACAACCGCAAUAGUGUUCAGGCUCAGCCUCAUCACUGGUGAUAUCCUUGACUGGAUCAACCACAGUGAGGAUCUGAAAUCAGAAUAA